AUGGUGGUGAUCCCAUUCCCGAGACGUUUUACUCUCGUGUCAGCGUUCCCUUUACUUUUUCCUUCCUUUCCAAGCUUCCAUCCUUCGUCUACCGUACCGGUGCUUACUUUUUUUUUCCUUCGUUUCGCAAGGCAUCAUGCUAGGGACUCCGAAGAACCAAACGGCCUGGAGUUCCAC